GUUAGACUUCCUUUUACCUAAGUUUGAGUGAGGGGCAGAAAUCAUGGCCGGGGGCUUUGGGGCGCCGACAUCUGGCGGAGGAGACUUUGAGGCAAAGAUCACGACUGUUGUGAUCAUUUCUUGCAUAUUGGCCGCCAGCGGAGGCCUCAUGUUUGGUUAUGAUAUUGGUAUCUCAGGGGGUGUUACAUCCAUGCCCGAGUUCCUGAAGGAAUUCUUCCCAGUUGUCUAUCAGAAAACUCAACAGCCAGGGCUUGACAGCAAUUACUGCAAAUACAAUAACCAAGGCCUGCAAUUGUUCACAUCUUCUCUCUACCUCGCUGCUUUAACCUCAACCUUCGCUGCUUCUUACACAACCAGAACGCUAGGCCGAAAGCUAACCAUGUUCAUUGCUGGGAUUUUCUUUAUAAUCGGAACGGUUUUCAAUGCUGCAGCUCAGAACCUUCUCAUGCUUAUUAUUGGCAGGAUCUUGCUGGGUUGUGGAGUUGGUUUUGCCAACCAGGCUGUGCCACUGUUCCUUUCGGAGAUUGCACCAACAAGAAUCCGUGGGGCACUUAACAUUCUCUUCCAGCUCAAUGUCACCAUUGGCAUUCUUUUUGCAAACCUUAUCAAUUAUGGCACUUCCAAAAUUGCAGGGGGAUGGGGAUGGAGGCUAUCAUUGGGUUUGGCUGGCGUUCCUGCAGCUAUGCUAACCUUGGGGUCUCUGGUUGUGGUAGACACUCCUAAUAGUUUGAUUUCUCGUGGUAAGCUGGAAGAAGGCAAAGCUGCCCUUAAAAAGAUUAGGGGAGUUGACAAUGUUGAACCAGAAUUCUUAGAGAUUGUUGAUGCAAGUCGUGUGGCUAAAGAAGUAAAGCAUCCCUUCAGAAAUCUCCUUCAGAGGAGGAACAGGCCUCAAUUGGUCAUUGCCAUUUGGAUGCAGGUGUUCCAGCAAUUUACUGGCAUUAACGCAAUCAUGUUCUACGCUCCGGUUUUGUUCCAAACCUUGGGAUUUAAGAGUGAUGCUUCCUUGUACUCAGCUGUUAUAACAGGAGCUGUCAAUGUCCUCUCCACUCUUGUCUCAAUUUACUUUGUCGACAGAGCUGGUCGCCGUGCACUCUUGUUAGAAGCCGGAGUCCAAAUGUUCUUGUCUCAAUUGGUGGUUGCAAUAGUGAUGGGACUCAAAGUUAAGGAUAAUUCUAACAACCUUAACCAGGGGUUGGCGGUUCUUGUAGUAGUCAUGGUUUGCAGUUUUGUUUCAUCCUUUGCAUGGUCUUGGGGACCUCUUGGGUGGUUGAUCCCUAGCGAAACAUUCCCACUAGAGGCUCGCUCAGCUGGCCAGAGUGUGGCUGUUUGUGUCAACAUGCUCUUCACCUUUGUUAUAGCACAGGCCUUCCUCUCAAUGCUUUGCCACAUGAAGUUUGGUAUUUUCUUGUUCUUCACAUCUUGGGUCUUCGUCAUGACACUCUUUGUACUUUUCUUAAUUCCCGAGACCAAGGGCAUCCCUAUUGAAGAGAUGACAGAAAGAGUUUGGAAGCAACAUUGGUUCUGGAAAAGGUUCAUGGAUGACGGUGAAGAUAAAUCCAAGGGGCAUGCUUGAAGUAUUUUUCCUUUGUGAGAAAUUAUUGUAUGAUACUAGGACAACCAAAGCU